CGCGUCGUCGUGUCCGUGCAGUGCGUUUCGAUUUUGCUAGUCGCUUCGUCGUCGUCAGGUCGUCGCGCUGUUCGGGAGGAGUGAUAAACGACAGCCACAACUUUUACACACGUCCGCCGCUCUAAUCCGCGACACCGUCGACUAGUUGUGCGCGCAUCGUGGUGACCGCGGCCGAAGGCAGAGUCGUCGCACGUUUGAUGUAUCCUUCCAUAUGAGUUGCAAUCGAGAUACAAUGGCUGAUAUAAUGGUACAUUCGGCUGACAACUCACCUCGGCGUGAGGUGUAUCGAUGUGGAAUGCUCUCGCCAGUACUUGGUCCACGUAGUAGUUUUCGUAUGAAUAGUGAACUUAAGCAUAGCCGUAGUGAUGAUCUUAUAUUACAAGGUGCUCCUUAUACUCCACCGGAUAUGCAGCACGGUAUAAGUGAUGCUGCAUUUCAAAUUCAAAAAGAUGCUUGUGUGGUGUAUGAUGAUGAAGUCAAUGAUCAUAGAAUAUCUGUGGCUUGCUAUGAAUCACCUAUCGUUGCUCCAGAGUCAAAUCCAACACCUCUAUUGAAGCUUACUGGGGAUUUUUCAUCAGAGGGUGCUAAUAAAAGAUGUAGUGUAAUUGAUCGCAUUGACCCAGAAGAUAGCAUUGGUGACAUCAUAUCUCAAAAUGACUUUUACAGAUUUGUGUUGUUCAAACGUCAUUACGAAAAGUAUCUGGACAUAUCGCGAAAAUACGAAGAAGCUCGAAGCUUGGCAUACUAUUUAGAAGAAAAAUAUCAUGAAAUAAAGGCAGAACGUGACAGUCUGAUUGACACGCACCACGAACUAGAAAAACAGCUGGUGACCCGGGACCUGGAACUGCACGAAAAAGAAGAAGAACUAUUUCUGCAGCUAGAAAAGGUGAUCCGGCUGGAAGAGGAUUGCGAGAAAUUGCGCAAUGAAAAAGACAAGAUGGUCAAGUGGAAGGAUCGUCUGGAGCGCGAGAAAAACGAAGCGUACAGGCAGCUGCGGCUCCAGGCCGAAUCUUCGGAGAUCACUAGACGCAACUUGGAAAGAGCACGUUUGGACGCGUACAGGCAGUUUUCGGAAAUCGCGGCCGAAAAAGACAAUCUCGAAAAAGAGAACUCGAGGCUUAAGGAAGUAUUGGAGGAUCUCGGGAGGAAAGCCGACUUGUAUCACACCAACAGCAGACAGGCAAGUCAAAAGGCCAAACGUGUAUCUGGUCUGGAACGUGAAGUAAACGAACUGAAAGUGAUGGCCAAACAGUCAGCCACCCUAAACAGUCAGCUGCAGAAAGGUAUGAAACACUUGGCCACGUGCAGGCGCAAGAAGUGUUCCGUUUGUUCGUACACAAGAGCCACGUUCGGAGAGUACACAUCUAGUAGACACGGAGAGAAAACUUCUUCGAGGUUCAUCGGAGGUUGUUUCCCGCUCGACGAGCUUCGCCGUUCCUCUGAUCGGAUGUCCACGUCUGACCUCGAACACGAGUGCGCUAAACUCGCCGAACGCCUGUCUGCUUGCUCGUUCCCACACACUCCACCGUCGACACCCGAACGGUCCGUGGCCAGUGGAUCGCUGUCCCGGUUCGUAUCGUACAUCGACGACGCGUUCUCUUCGGCCAGCGACGACGACGACGUCUGCGGUGAGAUCGGCGGGCGACCAGCCAAGUGCACCGGAAGCGGAAGCCGCCGUCAGUUUUCUUCCGAUUCGGGAAUCUCUUCGUCGUCGGCCACACCGACCGACCCGAACAAGUUAACUCCGGCCUGUGGUGGUGGCGGUCAUCGCCCUUCGUCGACCACGUCGUUCAACCGCUCCGCCAAGUGGACUUCGUCGUUCAGAAAGCUCAUCAGACGCGUGUCUUCCAAGAAGCACGUCGACGAGUCUCAGUAAUGAUAAUAAUAGUAUAAUAUUAUGUACACGCAACCAGAGAGGUUCGGAAUAGUUUUCCAUCAAAAAUGUUAUCUACAUCACGUGUAUUGUUAUUUUUAUUUUAUUUUUAAUUUUAAUUAGUUUACUUCAUCAUUAUUAUUAUUAUUAUAAAUUUGGGGGAAGUUAUUACUGUCGAUAUACUUUACUAGUGUGUCGGAUGUCUCAUUUAUUAUUACUGGGGGGAUGGGGGGUUGGCCAAAAGACGUGCCUGUUCUUUCGAAAAUUAUUUUUGGGAAAUUUUAUCGACGCCGUCGUUGUUCACUCAGAUGUUGUUUGCGCUACUUACACAAAGUCUGUCAUCAUAGAUGCAUAAUAUAUAAUAUUAUAUUGGUAGACUAGCCAGUAAUUACGUAGAGGUAGGUACUGAAGUCUUGAUUUUUCGUAGUGACGUACCCACGUUACAAUAUUUUAAUAUACUUUUCUCGCUAUAUUUCAUUGUUUUUAUUACGAUUUUUAAUUUUAUUUUUUAACUUACGAUAAUUGCAGUAUUAAUAUAUUUAGUUUAUCAUAUCGUUAAUAUUCAAGAAAACUCAUCAUUCCUACUUAACGAUAUUAUGUUAUUCCUAUGUAUAUCUUUAAUAAUGAAUAAUGAAUUCUUCAAUUUUUUUUUAUUUAUUAAUUCUAUACGCUUACUUGUUGUUUAACAAUAUUUUAUUUAUGGAAGUGUUGCAUUUAUAUUAUAUUAGGAUAAUCUAUUAAGAAAAUGUUUAUAUACUGACGGGGAUCAGGAGUAUAACGAAUGUUUGUUAAAAAGACAUUAAAAUAAGUAUUAGUGUAUUAAUGGUCCUAUAUACAAAAGAUCUAAUGGUUAAUUUAAUAAUUAAUAUAUUUUACUGUAGGUUAUUUUGUUUUUUUUAGACCAAUAACGUUAUUUGCCUUAGGCUUUACUUUUAAAAAUAAACAUUUUUACUGUCGUUGAAAGAUAUACCUACUAAAUA